AACAUCACCCACCCUCGCCCCAUGCCUUAGUACUUGGGGGUGUUGCAUAGUAAUAUCUCCUCCGACCCCUGGACUGAGUACAUCAUAAUCUGUUCAGCUUUCACGGAAGGAACAGCUCCGCGGAGGCAUUCAGUCAGCUCAGGACAGGUCUUGUGUAAUCGAGCUUACCCACGAGAGUUGAGGCAAAAUGUUGCUCGUUGUUGCCUUGGUACUUCUGGCCACGAUACUCUACUACAGUGUCAGGAAGCCAGCGGGAUUCCCACCAGGACCUCCCCGGUACCCGCUCAUCGGCUACCCGUUCCUCGAAAUGAACCUGGUCCACAAGCACAUGUGGCGCCUCUCUGAUACCUACGGACCGGUCGUCGGAGUUUACUUCGGUCCGCAGCAGACCGUUAUCGUCAACGGGUGGGAGGCUGUCAAAGAGGCCCUGACCAACGACGACCUCAACGGGCGUCCGGAGAACUUCUUCAUGAGAUUUCGAGACGGAGGGAAAUUCAAAGGCGUGAUUUUCACCGAGGGAGAACUUUGGAAGGAGCAGCGCAGGUUCUCCCUCCAUAACUUCCGCAAUUUGGGAUUCGGGAAGCGCUCCCACGAGGCCGUUAUCCACGACGAAGUCCAGGAGCUCAUCAAAGAAGUAGAGGGAGCUGACGGAAGCGUCGAAUUACAGGUGAAGACGGGUGUGUCUGCUACCAACAUCCUUUGGGCACUCAUGGGAGGAACCAGGUUCUGUAGGAAGGACCCCAGGCUGAUCGAUUUGGUCGAGAGUCUGGACAGAGCUUUCAAGGCUGGAGACGUGGCUGGAUCCAUCGUGGACAUGAUCCCUCCAAUACGUCACUUCUUGCCAAAGGACUCCAAAUUUUGUAUUGUCAUGGAUGCCAUGCAUAAGGUGAAAGAUUUCAUUGCGGAAUCAGUGAAAGAGCACCAAGCAACCGUGGACACGAGCAACCCAAGAGAUUUCAUUGAUCUCUACUUGGCUGAGAUGCAGAGGCAAAAUGGCAAUAAGGAAACAACAUUCACAAAGGAGCAGCUCUUGUCAGUGUGUACCGACAUCUUCAUGGCGGGGUCAGAGACUGGUUCAUCUUCGGUGUCCUUCGCAAUACUGUUUUGCACUCUGUAUCCAGACGUCAUGAACAGGAUCCACAAAGAGCUGGACUCCGUUGUCGGUCAAGACCGACUUCCUUCGCUGGACGAUCGUUCGAAGUUAGUCUAUACCGAUGCUGUCCUAACUGAAAUGUCUAGGAUACGUGGUGUAGCACCGCUUACAGGACCCCACUGCGCUAUGAGGGACACCAAACUUCAGGGGUACAACAUUCCUGCGCGGACGACUGUGGUAGUGAAUCUCUACAGCGUCCUGAUGGACAAGGAGUAUUGGGGUGACCCAGAGAACUUCAGGCCUGAACGGUUCAUCAAUCCAGACGGGACCCUGAGGAAGGACGAGCGCAUGAUUACUUUUGGAAAAGGACGUCGAGUGUGUUUGGGAGAGUCCUUGGCCCGGAUGUCGCUGUUCCUCCUCUUCACGGGCUUAAUGCAGAAGUUUUCCUUCACAAUCGACCCUUCCGUCCACUUCCCAGACACAGAAGGUAGAGGAGGAUUCAGUCUGAGUCCUCCAGUCUACAAGGUCUUUGCCAAGAGCAGAUUAACAAUUCUGAUAUCACUAUCAAACCUUACCGCUAAAAUAUCCUACAAACAACAAAAGCCUCAGAACACAAACCUGAGGAACACCAGACAGAACGAUCUAGGUUCAGACACCACAGAAGAGAGGUUUAGGUUCAGCACUAGUCAGUCAGUAAAAACACGACUUUGUGUCGUCAUCGAUUUAAAGAAAAUUGAGCAGGAGCAGGAGCAGCAGGAGCAGCAGGAGCAGCGAGAGACGGCGCUCUACUUUAAUGUCAAAAAGCCUACGGGAUUUCCAGCGGACGAAAGAAUCCGGAAGAAGAAGAAGAAGAAGAAGAAGAAGAAGAAGAAGAGGAAGAGGAGAAGAAGAGGAAAAAUGUUGGUCGUGGCAUUUUUGGUGUUGAUUGUGACGUAUUUGUACUUGAACACCCGAAAACCAAAGGGAUUUCCACCUGGCCCACCACGUUACCCUAUGGUAGGAUAUGGGCCAUUCCUGGAGAAGCAUCUCGUCCACAAACACAUGUGGCGUCUGUCCUCCGUCUACGGGCCGGUUUUAGGACUGUACCUGGGAGACAGGCCUGCGGUCGUCGUCCACGGGUGGGAAGCUCUGAAGGAGUCCUUAGGAAACGAUGACCUCAACGGACGUCCUGUGGUCCUCAUUCAGAGGCUGAGGGACGGAGGAAUCCAGAGAGGUGUCAUGUUCACGGAAGGAGAACUGUGGAAAGACCAGAGGAGGUUCUCCCUGCACCACUUCAGGAACCUGGGGUUCGGGAAGCGCUCCCACGAAGCCGUGAUCCACGAAGAAGCCUCGGAUCUGAUCAAGGAAAUUCAGGACACCGAAGGGGGCGUUGAAUUGCAAGUCAAGGUGGGCGUCUCCAACGUUAACAUCCUGUGGGCGCUGAUGGGCGGGGCCAGAUUCAACCGAAGCGACCCGGAACUGACGUAUCUUGUCGAUCGACUCAAUCAGAUGUUCAGGGCUGGCGAGGUUGGAGGAAGCAUCGUGGAGGUGUUCCCUUUCCUACGAUACGUGAUGCCGAAGACCUCCAGAUUUGGGAUCGUCAUGGACGGUUUCGAACUCGUGAACAAGUUUAUCGAGAAAGCGGUCCAAGAACACAAGAAGACUUUGGACCAGGAUAACCCCAGGGACUUCAUUGACAUCUAUCUGAUUGAGAUGCUUAAGAACAACAACAACAACAACAACAACAAUAAUAAUAACGAUGAAAAACAUUAUGAUAAAGAAAAUGGAUCUCCUGCCACGUUUUCAGAAAAACAGCUGAUCGCCCUCUGCAACGACAUCUUCGCAGCCGGGACGGAGACGGGAUCUGCAUCCGUGUCCUUCGCUGUGUUGCUGUCCUGCCUCCAUCCUGAAGCCACCAAGAGGCUCCAAGAGGAGCUGGAUUCAGUCGUGGGCCGAGAUCGCCUGCCCUCUGUCGACGACAGACCGAACCUGGUGUACACAGAGGCUUAUCUGUCGGAAGUCUUCAGAUUCCGGGGCGUCGCACCGUUCACAGUACCUCACUGUGCCCAGAGGGACACCAUCCUUCAGGGCUACCGAAUCCCAGACAAGACGAUGGUGCUCAACAACCUGUACAGCAUCCUGAUGGACAAGGAGUACUGGGGCGACCCAGAGAACUUCCGGCCCGAGAGAUUCAUCAACCCGGAUGGGACACUGAGGAAAGACGAGCGUCUCAUCAUCUUCGGCAAAGGACGCCGCGCGUGCCUUGGGGAGUCCCUGGCGAGGAUGACUCUCUUCCUGCUGUUCACCUCCUUGAUGCAAAGGUUUGACUUCGAGUUGGAUCCUUCGGUUCCCGUGGAGGAUACCGAGGGCAUCGCAGGAUUCACCCUAGGACCUCCUCCCUUCCAGGUCUUCGCCAAGAGUAGAUUUUGAUGGGACUGAGAGAGAGAGAGAGAGAGAGAGAGAGAGAGAGAGAGAGAGAAUAACGAAAGCAUGAACUAAAAAGAACUGAAUAAAUGCAAACAUACAAAGAAAGACGGUGAUAAAGUGAAAAAUAUUACUAACAAUAGACAAGAAACACAAAAUGAAGAACAGAGGAUACACGAGAGAGAGAGAGAGAGAGAGAGAGAGAGAGAGAGAGAGAGAGAGAUGAUGAUUAAGGAUACUAAUUUUAGCAGACCUUGUCGUCAAGCAGUUUCUAGCCUGGAUAAAAGAGAGAGAGAGAGAGAGAGAGAGAGAGAGAGAGAGAGAGAGAGAGAGAGAGAGAGUGCUUUACCCUCCAUGAUCUCCUGAAGCUCACUCUCGACCUUUGAAAUGAUUAAGAUGUUCAUAUCCGUAUACUUCAUGUAUGAAUACCUAUAAAUAUAUUUAUUAUAUGAUAUUCAUUCAC